AAUCUAAAUCAUUCACAAGAAAUACUAAUGCAAAAAACAAAGAGAAAUGGCUACUACCUUAACUUCAUCUUCUUCAACUCCAAACAUAUCGUUUGAUUUCAUGCUGAACAACAAUAACAGUAACAGCAACAAUCUCCAUAGUCCUUUCUCUUCUUCUUCUUCUACUUCUUUUUCUUACUUGACAAGGAAGGAAGAUGCCCUCACGCAGAAGAACCUCAUGAGUGGUAUGAACAUGAACAUCAAUCCAGAUGUUCUUGGGAUUAACAAGAAAAAAGAUUCUGAAGAUUUGGAGAUCAGUGUGUUUGGAGCUGAGAAGUACUUUAAUGGAGAUAUGGAUUCCGACCACAGUCCUAGACUUGCGUCUCCUCUGUCAGUCCCUGAAGUUCCAAUCGAGAGAAUCUUCGUUGGUCCGAAGCAAAGCUCCAAGAAUUCCUCGGGAACUCCGAGUCUUCUGUCUGAAUCCAGCUGGAAUAGCCAGAGCUUGUUGCUUCAGAGCAAAUAUAUGGAGAAGAACAAGAACAUCAAGAACAACUCUACCUGCAACAGUUACUUCCAGGAGGAGAAGGAUAUUAUUAGCAAUCAAAAGGUCAAUAGCAAGAAGAGCUUUCUCGCUAAUCUUGGCUGCAGAUGCGUUUGUUCGAAUUGGAAUUCAGUGGACGUGGUCGACGAGAAGAGAAGAAGCUCUGGUCUGAAGAAGAUCAAGACUCAAUUGAGUUUCUCUGGAAAUCUAAGCUCAGAGAUGAAGAUUCAUAAACAACAACAAGAAGCAAUGUUAGAGCAGAGGAAGUCUCUGGAAAUAUUUGGAUCUCCUCUAAUCGAAAAGAGAACCAUUCAGAAGAAAUUUCCAUGGGAAUACUCGAGCUCUGCUUCUGCUAAAGCUGAGGAACAUGUAAUCUCUGUGAAGUAUGAAGAAGAAGAAGAUGGGAGGGUGAGUGAUGUAAGUACGGAUCUUUUUGAGAUUGAGAGCUUAACAGGGAAGGGAAAGCCCUUUCUUGCAAGGCAAGGAAGCAGUGAUCCAGACUCACCAAAUGGUUAUGCACCAAGUGAGGUAAGCAUACAGUGGAGCGUAGUAACGGCAAGUGUAGCGGAUUUCUCUGUAAUGUCUGAAUGUGCAACGAGCCCUGUAAAAAAGAACCGGUCUUUUCAGAUUCCUCGGAUCCCUAUCAUGGCGAAAUCAAACCGAGAAACCGCUCCUCAGAGACGUAAAUCAAGCAGUGGCGGUUUAUUAUUGGGAUGCAAGAGUCAUAAAUCUGUCAGAGUCUCUGGUGAUUCUUACACAAGCAUGAACAGAACACCGAUUUAUGUUCCAAGAUUCCCAGUAGAGGCUAAUCCGACAAGCAUUGAAACAAGAAGGAGGAUCAGCAGUAGUUCGGUUUCCCACACGCAAUCAUCUUUCUUGUAUACUUAAUGAUGCCAAAAGUCCUAGCUCUGUUCUCUUUACAUGUAAUGUCUAUUGAGUGAAAAAACAUUUGUUUUGCUAAUAUCA